AUUCACUUAACCAUACCAACAAAACGCCUUCCCCAAGCCCGGAUACUUGAUCUCAAUAUGCGCCGCAACUUGAUAUCUUUCAAUUGGCGCCCUAGCCUCCGUGCUCGCGCUCCCCCGCGCAUCAACACCUCAUAUCGUCGCGCUGAGUCAACCCAAGCUUCCCGCAUCGACCGCAUCACAUCUAAGCUUCCUCGACGUUUACAAAGAUACACUAGCGGUUUACGCAACGCUCCAGUCUCGCACGUUGUUUCAUUCUUGAUCCUUCACGAAAUCACAGCAAUUGUGCCCGUGCUAGGACUAUUUGGCCUCUUUCAUUACACAAAUUAUGUGCCAGUGGAAUACGUAACGGGCCACUUUGGAAGCUAUGUCGAAGAUGGAGUUGGCCGCUUUGAGAGGUACUUCACACGCAAGGGAUGGUUUGGUUUUGGUCAGAACGAAGAAGGUGAGGCCUCAAAUGCAGCUACAACACAUCCGGACUCCAAAUCCGAAGACGCAGUGGAGCGCUGGCAUAGUGGAGAUGGGCGGUACAAAGUGGUAGUUGAAGUUGCUCUCGCGUACGCAAUCACUAAAGCUUUACUGCCGGUUCGUAUCAUCGGCAGUGUAUGGGCUACGCCAUGGUUUGCUGGGGUACUCAUGAGAGCCAAAGGAAUAUUCACAAGCAAGCCUUAGUCACUUUGAAAUCGAGCACGAAGGUUUUGAGAAGAUUUUCUGUCUUGGUUUUUGUUAUACCCACAGAGAUGAAGUCAUCCCACUUCCUUCUCGUAGACCCAGUUGAACUGGGC